GGCUAGAAAAUGUGAGAUUUCUCUUCGAGGCCGCAGCUUAGGGAAUGCCCAGAAGGACGACCACGGUGAUGCGUGUAGAAGAGCAACUGGUAAGCGCAGGAUACACUGUGACAGUACUUCUCCGAGCGUACGUAGACGAGGACUUGACAGCGAGUGAGUGCAGACAACGAGCUAGGGAUUUGAUCGACGAGCGUAGAGCUGAUGUACUGGCACGGGUGACCUUCCAGACCUCGAUUUCCUAUGAUGUGAUGAUAUGGUCUCAUGGAUAUAUGCGCGCGGAGCACUACCACGAUGAGACGGUAGCGGAGGCUAGAGCGAGGGGCCGACGAGAUGGAUAUAGGGACGACAGAUACGAGAGAUCGGACCGAGAUGGAUAUAGGGACGACAGAUACGAGAGGUCGGGUCGAGAUGGCUACAGAGGAAGUAGAUAUGAGAGAGGAGAUCGGGACUGGGAACGACAAGAUGGGUCGCGCGGACGGUUUGAGCGCGGGGGAGAUGUGAGAGAGCAGCGAGACGAGUCGCGGGGGUGGUACAACCGAGGGGACCGACGCGAUGAGUCACGAGGGCGAUAUGACUCGGGGGACCGCCGGAAUGAUUCGCGAGGGCGGUAUGAGCAAGGAGGGUCUGGAGGACACCGCCGCAACGAUUCGCGCGGUCGGAAUAAGAGAGGGGGAUAUCGCGUCUCAUCAGAACCAUAUCCCAAGUCGCCUGACCCCAAGGCGGCCAGGAGUUCGAUCUCUAAAGGCGCAGACGACAGGCCAUCUACUCCCAGGAACUCAUGCGUCUACUGUAGAGGAGAAGAUCAUAUUAAGAGGGAUUGCCCGGAUCUCAAACGGGCAAUAGAUGAGGGACUUGUCGUGCUUGACGACCGCAAGUACGUCAAGUGGGCAGAUGAUCUGCCAGAUGAUCUGGGAGAUAUAUCGAUGUUCCUUUCGAUGAAGGAAAAUGUCGAAGCAAGGAGAGUAAAGACGAGUAAGGGAAUGGAGCCGGUCAGGAGCCAGAGCAUCAAGAUAACGUUUGAGGGGGAUAUCGUGACCACACCCAUAAGGGUGGCAGCCACCAAGUCGGCAAGAGGAACUACAUCGAAGAAGACUAACACGGAUUACGUGAUGGCGGAGAAGGACGGGCAGCGGGUCGAUGGAGAGGAGGUUAUCCUUUCGCCGCGAAAGHGGGGAGUGAAGAAGUUCUUAAUGAAGAGUUCGCUGGACGAGAUUGACACGGUCGAGCCACUGAGGCGGGCCCUUCGGCAACCCAUGCAGUGCUCUAUUCUGGAGUACCUGGCGGCAUCGAAGCCGRCUCRUGAWGAAUUACAGAUGAUCACGCGGAAGACUCGCAUACCUCUAUCAGAGGAGGGUCAGGGGGCCCCUAAGGUGGAACCUUCUACAGUAGCAAUAACGGGGGUGACUGCCCGAGCGGAUCGCAUGGCAGCAGUCCUUCUCGAUGGGAUGGAAGUAGAGGAUGAGCCAGAGGAGGAGCCACCUGAGCCGGGGCCUGAGGAGGGGGCUCGCGAACCCGAGGAGCCGCAGGAUGAGGGGGUUAUCAUUGUUGGGGAUGAUACCCCUCCUCCUACCCCGAUUCCAGAACAGGCGCGGCAGUAUUGGCCUGAAGGAAUUCCUGAGCCGGACAACGAGGAGGUGUUGGGGCCUCCACCGGAAGCUACUACGUCAACCCCGACGCAGACGGAGCUAGAGGAGGGCGAGAGGGCGAGGGCACCUACUACUGUCGCGCCGCCACUGACUGAGCCUACAGGUGCACGCAUGGAAGUGGAGGUGUCAACCUCCGGUGAGCCUCCGCCAGGGCCGCCACCCGCAGAAGAGGGGACUAGUAAGAGAGAUCAACUGCGAGAGGGCCACGAGGCGAGGACAGGGAAGCCACCGGGGGAAACGAAAGAAGAGAAGUGCGCGAGGGUGCAGGUGCGCCUCGAAGAGCUAUACCAGGAAAAGCUUAGGAUGGAGGCCGCAGGAGAAGCGCCAAAGCCUCCAAUUGACCCUCCGACGAGCGAGAAGAGGAUUAGUAAGGCUUGGGCCAGUUAUGAGAGCGAGAGGGAUGCUGCUCGCCUGAGGUCACGAGAGGCAGGACCGAGGAGUGCAAGAUUGGACGAGGCACGAGAGGCAGAGGACUUGGGAUUUUCAGCCGCCAGGAUGGAGAUUAAGCAUACAGACAGGAGGAUAGGUGAGGUGACAAUCUCGUCCUUCCAACGGUACUCCAUGCUCAGCGAUGAGUUGGCGGCGUCGAGGUUAGAAGUGGAACAGUUGUCCACCCAACAGGCAGAAGAGAGGGCAGAGAACCAGGCAUGGAGGACCCGCAUGGAAGCCAAGGAGGUGGAGUGGGAGAAGAGGCUUCAGGACAUGGUAGCGAUAGUAGAAAGGUUCUCGGCCACUAAGGUGGUCGACUGGACGGAGCAGAGUCGGUAUGGUAUUCAGGGAAAGGAGGUACAGGGGCUCUUUGGCCAGGGAGGAACGGCGGAGAUGCCACAACAACAGGGAAUGGGGAAGGUAUUCCUGGACCCAGCAGAGGCGGCAGCGAGGCGGGAGGCCGAGGAGAGGAGGUUCAACUUCAUGACUCCCACGGAGUUGGCCUCGCAACAGGCCACCCCUAUGACGAUUGAGAUCCCUGAGAGCGAGCCGACGGAGGGACCCCAACCUCCAGUGGAGGAAGGGGGCCCCAUAGAGGAGUCCCCUACGAUCUUUUUGGAGGUGCAGGAGGGUGCCCUUACGGGAGCAGUAGCAGCCACUGAGCCGGAGGCAAUGGGAGGAGAGGCAUCUCGACUGGAUGAGUUAGUGGUAGCUAUGGAGUUGGACAUGCCGUCAGGAGAGCCUCAGAGACAGAAGACCCCAGAGUGUGUGCCAGAGAUAGGAGAGCUCAGGACGCAGUUAGGCUCUUGGGCUACUGGAGCUGACUCGGGAGAGCACAUCUCAGAGCAGCAACAAGAAGUUAUGAGCGAGCCAGCGACUGCCGUGACUCCCCAGCCUUCUGACCUGCAUAGGGACGGGGAGGCGACUGCGAUGGGAGGAGUCCGCGAGGGUAGGCCGUUGAGAUUGGACACUCCAGCGGACCGAUCCGAGGGAGGUGAGGCGCUAGCAGGGCCGAGUACCCAGAUGAUGGAGGCGGGGACGGCAGAGUCAUGGAGUAUGCCCCAAAGCCAUGAGAUGAGCAGGGAAACUAGCGAGAUGUCGCCGUUGCGUGGGUCCCAGAAGAAGAAGAGGAGGUGUCGAGGGAGAUUAGACGAUCAGUGCUUCUUCUGCAAGGACGGCGUACAUAGAGCUCUUGAAUGCCCGAAGUUCCUUAAGGACAAGGCGGCUGGAAGAGUAACAGAGAGUGGUGGGAGAAUGUACGACAGGCGGGGUCGAGUGGUAGAGCGGGCCCCAGAUGGGGGUAGGGCACAGUUAUAUAGGCAGAACCAGGAGGCUAUGAGUGAGUAGGGGCUGGUCCAUCUAUAUGACAGUAGGAUUAGAGCUCCUCUGUACGCAGAGGCCGUGAUAGGGGUGUACAUACUCUG